UGAGCAAUGGCACAGCAGAAUACGCCACGGCCUGUCGCAGCCAAUGCGGGUUCGAAAAAACGCAAAGAACCACCUACAGGCCAGAGCAACACGAAGAAUGACCAGAACAAGCGACACAAGCCUGACCAUCGGUCAAAGCAGCGAGAUGCCCGAAUGCUGUCCACCCAACUUUCCUCGGCCGCGUUGAAGAACGGCGAGUUGGAUGUGGAGAAGUUUGUAAAGGCACGAGAGUAUGAGAUUCGUGCCUUGGAGGAAGGCAUGACACGAAGCAAAAAGGCCUUGACCAAGAGAGCUUUUCAGCAAGUACCCAAAGAGCUGAGACGUCGGACUGCAAGUCACAACGCGAAAAAGGUACCCAAGCGAUUGCAGAAGCGAGCUAAGAGGGAGAUGGCGGAGGACAGUACUCCGAACGGCACAGCACGAAAGAAGAAACCGACAAGGCAUAUGCGUCUAAGACAGGAGACACUGAAGAGGUUGCGCUCACUGGGCGCAAAGCAGAAGAAGACUGCCCAGCCAGGCGUUGGUCCCAAAGUGGUAUCAGAUACAGACAAACUUACCGUGAAAGCGGCUACCGGCAUCGUACCACGAAAGUCAAGGACGAAGAAAGCCCAUCUCGCGACGCCCCCUGUGCCCAAAGCUAAAUUCAGAAAACGUCAAAUCGACAAAACAUGGUUACCAACUCACAUGUUCCAUGCAAAACGGGCUCGAAUGACGCCGCCGUCCGCUCCCCUCUGGAGAUUUGCGUUGCCGUUGACUCCAACCGUGAAGAGCUACCGUCCUACUCAUCGAGCGGCCAACGAACGCGGAGCCGUGGUUUGGGACAUGAGCUACAUGAGCACUAUUGAGCUUCAGGGGCAGCAGAACAGUAUUGAGACUGUUCUCAAAGCUCUCGGGGUGGGUGUCCGUGACACUGGUAACGGCAUGUGGGCGACCAAAGGCCAGAAGUGGCGGGCUGGCAAGCGUGUCUGGCAAGGCUUCGCAUCUCAGCGUGAGUCUCCUCACAGCCUCAUAGCACCCGUGGUGGUCAUCUGGUCUGCUGCGCAAGCAAAUAGUGCGGCAGCCGCUACACAUUCAACAAAGCGCAGUGUCUUCGUCCGAGUGCAUCCUGCCGCAUUUGCCCAACUAUGGGAAGAGGUGGUGCGUGCUGCCAAGGUUGCCAAACCUCAAGUCACGGUCGAGGAUCUCAGGUAUCAAAUUGGGAGUAUCGAAAUGACCGGACCAUGCGCAACAGAGGCUCUUGUCAGCGCGUUGUGGCCGAGCGAGGGAGCGGCGAUCGCAUCAGCCGAAACCGCCGGAACUUUACUCGUGUCCACGUGGAAGCGUUUGGCCGGACUGAGCAAUCCUGCUGGUUUGCCAGAUGAUGUCCUGCUCUCAUUCGAUGCGCAGGAUCCUCGUCUUCAUCAUCCGCCACGGACAGUCCAGAUGUCCAGGACAUCAGAUGAACAUGACAAACUCCUGGAGAUCAUCACCACUUGGCCAGUGGAUGGUGCCCCUGUCGCGAUCUCCUUGUUCGACAGACGAUCUAGGCAUACUGCCUCCUCAAAGUUACCCACGCAAAAGGCGAUCAAUCGCCGAAAGACCUUGGCCGAACCCGGAUCAUACCCAGCACCCGUUGCUACCGAUCCUCGCAUUCCCGUUCUGAUGUAUUGUACCAAAACAGCUCAGGGAGAUCAAGCGUCGUGGACAGUCCUGUUGCCUUGGAAGUGCGUGGCACCGGUCUGGUACAGUGUCAUGUAUUAUCCCCUGGCUACAGGUGGGCAGCCUCGCUUUGGAGGCCUGAUGGAGAAGCGCCAGUUGGCCUUCGAGACUGGAACGCCUUCCUUUCCUCAAGAUUAUCCAGGCACGGCUGCCGGCUGCCUGUGGGAAACGCAGGAGCGGAAGAGACGGAUGGACGAGUGGAAGAGAAGACCGAAGAGCAAGAGAGUCAAUUGGGAGACUGUGGACAUCGGCAAUGGUGAGAAAGGCGAGCUUGGAGAAGGCUGGGCAUGCGAUUGGGAGACACUCGUUUCGGGAGACACCACACUUGACAAUUCGCAAGCGAAUGGAGGUGCAAGUGCUCCGGACGUUACACCGGCGAACGCACCCAAGUUCGAGCAUUGCACUAUGGCGGAUGCUUCAACGCUGCUAGGAUCUCCUGCUCAAAUCGACUCGUUGCCCAACCGCAACCAUCCACUGGCCACUGUCCGCGUCGAUCUACUCAAUCGCGGCGUUCCUACUGCAUGCGCACGUAUCUAUCGCUUGCCCAAUGAGCAUAAGAACAGGGAGCUGCGCAAGAAAUGGCUGGCGAUUCAUCCCAAGAAUCAAAUCAAGCAGCGCGGGCCAAAAAAUGGAUUGCCUCGCUUGCCGCCAGAUGCGCCGGCUCACGUUGUGCAGCGCAGACUGGUACAGUCGCUGAUCGAACCGCCUAGGGUCGGCGAGAGUGACUACCCUGCUUGUCCAGCCGAGGAGGAUCUCAUCGGAUUCAUCACCACGGGGAGUUACAAUCUUGGGGAGGGUCAAGGCACGGGUAUUGGCAGCGUCUUGCUGGAGAGAGCACGUGGACAUGAGGGCGAGGAGAACAGGCUGUGCAUUGUCAGGAACGCAGGGACCGGGAUUGGGAGGCUGGCGAAAUGGGAUCUUGUCUAA